AUGGAAGUCCCAUCCACGUCGACAACACCAGAGCAAGUCCAAAAGAUUCAAACGCUUCUGAAUGGACCAGCUGGAAAGCCACCAGAGGGUGUCAUCCCAAGCUUUCCUGCUUUAAGCAAUCUUUACGAAAUCUCCAUUACAAUUUUAUUGCUAGGCAUGGUCAUUGCGACCCUGCUUAUUUUCAUACGUCUGUAUAUCAAGCUAUAUCUUAUACGGUCCAAGGCCUACGAGGACUAUGUCGUGGUCCUAGCCUGGUGGGUCAAUAUUACCACCAUUCUCUACGGCGUCGUCGUAUUCUUGAUCAAGCUUUCUAUUCUCCUUCAGUAUUUACGGAUCUUUGUUCCCAAUCGGAAGGCUAACAUGCCGCUAUUCGUGGCUAUCCAAACUGUCAUCUGGAGCAAUUUUAUUUUCUAUUUUACAGAUUUUAUUUUUCAGGUUACCGCGUGCACUCCAAGAGAGAAAUUCUGGAAUCUACUAAUCACCACCGGCCACUGCCGCAACACAUAUGCUAUGUAUAUGGCCUCCGGUAUAUUCAACGUUCUAUCUGAUUUUGCAAUCCUCAUCCUUCCUAUCGUACCUAUCUGGAAGUUACAGCUGCCCUUUAAGAGAAAGAUAUUGAUGAUUGCAAUUUUCAGUACAGGCCUCUGGGCUUGUGUAACGUCCAUUAUGCGUACUUACUAUACAUGGAAGGUUCUAAAGUCGCCUGAUGUCAGCUACAACGUCAUUAUCAUGGGUUACUGGACAAUUGCGGAGAUAACGACCGGUAUCGUCGUUAGCUGCCUCCCUGUCAUGCCUAAGCUCUUCCAUCACUAUACUUCCAAAUUCUACCACUCCAGAAAGCCAAAUUUCCGCUUGCAGCUCGUGCAAAAGCGAGAAUUGCUUGAUUUCGAGGACGGCGGAUGA